AUGGGCUUUUUAAAGUUAAGGAUUAAGGAUUGGAAUGUGAUGCAUUUUAAGAAUAUUUUUGGUGAAAAGGCCAGGAUUCAGGAGGAAAUUGAGCAGCUUAAUGAAAGCAUUGUUGCUUCAGGUAUGUCUUCCUUAAUGUAUGAUAAGCUAAAGUUGUUGAAUCUGCAGUUGAGUGAGACCUUGGCUAGGGAAGAAUCUUAUUGGAGACAGAAGUCUAGGGACCUUUGGCUUUCCGAAGGCGAUCGAAAUACUAAAUUCUUUCACUCCUCUUCUAAGCUUAAGAGACUUCGCAAUCGAAUCUCUUGUAUUAUUGACUCUAAUGGUAAUAAUUUGAUGGAUGAGGAUGAUAUAGCCGCCGAAGCUGUUAGGUUCUUUAAGUCUCUUCUUACAGCAGAGCCGGUGGUGGUGGAUGAUGAGUUUGUAAACUCGAUCCCCCCUUUAGUAUCUCAAGAGGAUAAUAGGAUGCUUAUGGCCCCCUUCUCGUUGGCUGAAUUGAAAGAGAUAGUCUUUUCCAUGCAUCCGGAAAAGGCGUCGGGUCCGGAUGGAUUUACGGCUUUAUUCUUUCAGAAAUGUUGGGACUUUAUAGGAAAUGAUGUGCUGCUAGCCUUGGAGGAAUCUAGAAGGAAUAGGUCGAUAUUAAGAGAACUUAAUACCACUCUUAUUGCUAUUAUUCCGAAAGGUGGUUUUGUGCCUGGUCGGGAAACUUCUGAAGGUGCCAUUGUAGCUCACGAAAUCCUGCACUCCAUAUCUCAGCAAAAGGUCCCAGCCAUGAUUCUUAAACUAGACAUGGUAAAAGCUUAUGAUCGUGUUAAUUGGCAGUCCUUGGUGGCGGUUUUGUAUCGUUUAGGGUUUUCGUGUAGCUGGGUUAAGUGGGUGUUUUCAUGCAUCAGAGUGGAUGGCCUCCCUUCUUCACAAUCUCAUUGCUUAUUUGCUGAUGAUACGCUUCUGUUUGGGGUGGCCUCUAUGAGGGAAGCUCGAGUUAUUAAGAAAAUUAUUUCUGAUUAUGCUGCUUUUUUUGGAUAA